AUGGAUUUAUAUCUCAACAUUCAUUCAAUAGAUCAAUGUGGUGAUCAUAAUAAUAAUGAAUCAACAUAUACAGCAUGUAAAGUACUUGUACAUAUGCUUAAUAUUCUUCUUAAAUUAAUAAUGCAUACACCAAAUCAUAUUGAACGAGAAUAUAUUAUAUCAAGUGAAAUAAUUGAAUCAAUAACACGUCUUUUAAAUAAUACUCAAGAUUUAAUAGUUUUACAAAAUAUAUUAAGAUUAUUAAUAAAUAUGAUUGAUCAAACAGAAUUGUAUGUUAAAGAAAUAAUUAAAUUAGAAACAAUUGAUAGUUUAUUACAAAUAUUAUUAUAUAAAGAUCUUGAAAUAAAACAACUUUCUUUACAACUUAUGGCAAAUUUUCUUGGUCAUCCAGAAGGACGAGAAUGUAUUCCACGUAUACCAAAUGAUUUUCUUGAUGCUUUUACUAGUCAUUUAAGUCAUAAUAAUGUUAAAGUUCUUGAUCAUACUAUUUGGUGUUUAACUCAUUGUGCUGAAAAUGAAGAUAAUCGAAGACGAAUUCGUCUAACUGGAGCUAUUCCAUUGUUAUUAUCACUUCUUGAGAAUGGAAAUCGUUUUUUUGAUUUUUCAUUACCAUCAACAAAUACUAAUCAACGACAAACGGGACAAAAUUCAAAGAAACAUACACGAGAUGAUACAGAAGCAAUUUCACGUCGUGAUCAAUUAUUUGAUAUGGAAUCUGCGUGUUGUACUUGUCUAGCUGAACUUUCAUAUGAUUAUACAAAUGGUCAAACAAUUAUUGAACGAAAUGGUAUAUACUUAUUAGCAAUAUUACUUUUUCCUGAAAACGAAGAUCAUCAACGUUUAGAAAAAUAUCAUCAUCUUCAACGUAAUAUAUUUCGAACAUUGCGAUAUUUAUUUUCAUUAAAUAAAAAUCGUGAUCAAUAUAGACGGUUAUUACCAACACAAAUAUUUGAAUUAUUUCUUAGUGUUGGUAAUUUUCAACGUGAUCUUAAUAUGUAUAAAUCUAUGACAGAUGCUUGGAAUUCAAUUUCAAUUGAUGACUUAACUAAAAUAAAACUUGAACGUCUUCAGUCACUUAAUCCAAAACAAGAAGCAACUAGAUUUAUACGUGAUUAUGGCGUUUAUGAAUGUCUUGGUUCAGGAGCCUUUGGUUCUGUUUAUCGAGUAGCUCGACGUGGAACAAUAAUGAUGUAUGCACUUAAAGAGAUUGAUAAUCGUUCAUUAACAACUGAUAGUGAUCGUAGUUUAGGACAACAAAUAAAUGAAGUUAAAAUAAUUCGUGAAGAACUUCGUCAUCCAAAUAUUGUUAGUUAUUAUCGAAUAUUUGCUGAAAAUGAUAAAUUAUAUAUUGUUAUGGAAUUAAUAGCUGGAUCAUCAUUACAAGAUUAUUUAUCAUUAUUAAAAGAAACAAAUCGAACAAUGAUUGAAGAUAAUAUUUGGAAAGUUUUUAUUCAACUUAUACUUGCAUUAAGAUAUUUACAUAAAGAAAAAGGAAUUGUUCAUCGAGAUUUAACUGCUAAUAAUAUUAUGUUAGACGAUGAAUAUAGAGUUAAAAUUACUGAUUUUGGUUUAGCUAAAUUACGUGAUAGUAAUUGUAGUAAAAUGAAUUCAGUUGUUGGAACAUUAUAUUAUGCUUGUCCCGAAAUUAUUCAACAUAUGCCAUACAAUGAAAAAGCUGAUAUAUGGAGUUUAGGCUGUGUACUUUAUCAUAUGUUAACCUUAGUUCCACCAUUCUUUACAUCAAAUAUUCUUUUACUUGCAAGUAAAAUUUGUUCCGGUGAAUAUGAUCAAAUACCACUAAAAUAUUAUUCUGAUCGUAUACGACAAAUAAUAAUUGAAUGUUUAUGUAUUGAUCCACAAUAUCGUCCAGAUAUAUGUUGUGUAGCACAAUUAUGUACUGAACAAUUAAUGUUAUAUACAGAUCGUUCAUGUACAACAAUUCAAACAUUAGAAAAACGUUUAAGACAACAAGAUCAUCAACGUGAAUUUGAUUUAAUAAGACAACAAUCACAAGUACAACAACAAUCUAUGUAUCAACAAUCAUGUCUUAGUUGUUCAAGUACAAAAGAAUCAUUAGGUGGUAAUAGUGGUGGUAUUGCUGAUGUUAGUUUUGAUGGAACAGAUGGACAACAUGAUAUGGUUAAAUCAGAUGCAUUUACUGCUGUUUCUGAUUGUGAAACACCUGAUUUGCCAACAAAAGAAUUGACUAAUAGUGCUAUUCCACAACCACCAAGUGGUCCAAUAAGACAAAAUAAUAUAAGACGUUCCAUAGGUCGAGUUUCUUCGGAGCAAUUAUUAAAUUCAAAUGAAGCUAUGUUUUAUCAAACUCGAUCACCUGAACCAUCAAAUAUAUCAUCUGAAAGUGGUUAUGAUAGUACUAAUACAAUACAACAAUCAAUUCCUCCUUCGUCAUGUUCAUCAAAUAUGGAACGAAAGCAAAGUCCAUUUAAUCGUUCACGUCAAUCAUCUGUAACUGGAUCAAUAAGUAUAUCUCAAAAACGACUUCGACCAACUGAUCCUGUUAGUCAAUUACUUGAUAUAGUUCAUAAAUUAGUUUAUAUAUCUUUCGUACCAUCAAAUACAAAUAAUAAUAAAUAUCGUCGUUUAAUAGAUCGUUAUAGAAUAUUUUUAUUUUCAAAAGGUUCAUCACAAAAUUUAAAAAGUGAAUUAUCAAAAUUAUCAAACCAUUUAAGUGAUUGUAUUGAAUUUGAUAGUGGCAUUGGAAGACAAAAUAUCGGCAUACAAUCAUUAACAAAUUCAUCACGUUCAUCAUCACCUAGUUCAUUGAAUCUCAAAGCUGUUGAUUUGACUAUUCCGGAUGGUAAUGAAUGUGUUACAUAUGAACAAAUGAUGACAUAUAUUGAACAAUAUCUUCAAGAAACAGAUUAUUAUAAAGAUACAAUAGUGUCUAUAUCAUCUAGUGAAUCUCUUCCACCAACCAUCCAACGAAAUCAACGACCACCAUCAGGCAAAAAAUGA